ACACAAUUUUGAGAAGACCAUGGCGCAACAAGUAGCAACCCAGAGGCAGCAGCAGCUGCAGAACGAGUACCAGAAUUACAAGAGCAUACUGCAGCAACUCGCCCAGAAAAUCGGCGACAUCGAGCAAGAAAUGGAAGAGCACAAACUUGUUCUGGAGACGUUAGAGCCUCUCCCUGGAGACCGAAAAUGCUUUCGCAUGAUCAAUGGAGUUCUGGUUGAGAGAACGGUUAAAGAUGUUGUGCCUGCGCUCAGGACCAAUUCUGAUGGCUUGAAGAAGUUGCUUGAAGACCUUCUAGCUCAGUAUAAAACCAAACAGGAGGAAAUGGAUAAGUGGAAGAAGAAAAACAACGUGCAAGUAGUUCAACAGUAACUAGCAGGCACAUCCCGUCGUGAUAUCAUGGGGCUUCGGCAGUAGUUUCGCAGCGAAGGAAAUAAAGGCGUUCCCUGCUUGCGCUGCGCUUUCCAGGACCAGGUGACCUGCGAAAUCCGUCACUAGAACUGUGAAAUCUCAACGGUCGCCCUACCGGGUUCGCCUAAGGCGCCAUGGGGAUGUCUAACGACCAUUACUACUGUCCAUGCCGCGUCGUAGUCAAUUUAGUUUGGAUAGUGUAGGUAAAUCAAAGGACCGGCACGCUUUCCUAUCUGCCGUCAAGCGGGUGGGUCCAUUUACUGGAAUGUUGCGGUCGCGAUACUGCAGUGCGUUAGCUCCGGCUAAAGGAAACUUGUAAGCAAGGAAAGGACGAAAGAGAGAAAUAUCUCCGUGGCACACAUCGCCUGAUGGGUGAUUUCGGGCACUACGACCUCGGAUGGAAGAAUAGCAUAAACCUCAACCAUCUUUGUAGCGUUACAAUGCAGUCCGAUUAAGAAUAACCAGGCAAAAUCUCAAGGUCCC